GUCUUCAAAAAAGACAAAAGAGCUUAUGGCUACCAAUCGCGAUUUGACUGCGUCUCUUCCAAAACAAGAGGUCGUCUCACCACGCUCACGUACUCAAGAUGUCGAGCUGGCUGCCUUAAGUGCCUUACUGGCCUUUUCGACGUUGAUAGACGUUACGUCGUCACGCUGAGGGUAAGUAGGAAUCCUUGAUUCAUAUACGCCCGGCAGUUUUUUCGUAGCAUUAGCUCAAAGAGAGUAGGUUUAAUUGUUUCUAAUAGACACAUAGCGCAAGGAACCAUCUCUUUUAUCGAAGAAGGCUGACAGUUUGAACAGACGUACCACUACUUAUUUGAUAUCAACUACUUGAAUGAUGCUACUAAUAAGAUCCACGAACAUCGGAGAUGAUAGCUGACAACAAAUCGACGAUUGCUUGUUAGAAAAAGCAAGAAUAUCACUGUAUGAUCUAUGGCGCUUUCAUCCAAGUGGAUGGCUUGGAUGCUGUAAUCAACGACGAGAAUGGCGUACCUGUUACACGCGAUAAAAACGGAAGUUCUCAAGACUUCACGAAAAUGAACCCGUUUCCUUCUAGCAACGUUAUCAUAGAUCUCCCGAACGAUAAAAUAUGGUGCAGUGCUUUAGAAGAGGCCAGCUGUGAAAGUGUCUGAAAUCGAAAGCGACGUGAAAAGAGCGAAAGGUAGACGAAAAACUUAUUUUAGAUCUUGCUGUGCUACGAGAAGUCUCUUCUUGUCGUUUUCAGGCAUAUGCGGUGAAAAAAAUAGUUUCGCUAAAAGGCCAUGCAAGGAAUUGACAAAGGAAGUAUUAUAUAGAGAUUUCCGUUAUAUUCUAGGUGGGGGAUGGUUGAAACUUCAAGCAGACACGAUACUUGAGUUACUAUUCAUUUUACAGGUAACAUACAAGUAAGGUGUUACACAUAUUUGUAUAAGGUUUGUCAAGACGAAGUUGUUCAAGUCUUAAAAGCCCGAUGUGACUUGCAAGCGAACGGUCGAACUGAGUAGUGAAGUAAUCCAUUGUAAAUCAACUGAUAUCUAAGCUACACUUGAAAAUUUUAAAUGGUUAUGGUAAUCGAGGAACAACAUCGACAGAAACAACAAUCGGACGUGAGAUAAUGACUUCUUUGCGUGCAUAAGAGUCCACUUAGACUUGUUCAGGCCCCAAGAUGGAGACGAAGCGCGCGAUUGGUUUCUAUUAGGUGUUUCUAUAGGUCAAAUUUUGCGCACUGGAUGGGAGAGAUAAACGAUUGUCCAAUCGUACAAAUAUAGACGCCAGAAUCUCAUCCUUCAAGAUAGCUUGUGCCAGCUGGGACAACGAUGUUCUACAAUUCGGCGGUAAUUCAGAGGCUCUCCCAUCAGCUGUCGACAAAUCGGCAUUUCCCACGUCAGUUGAUCUUCUUUUGCUGGAUCAACUUUUUUCUUGAAGUAGGCACGUAAUGCGUUUACAAUUCAAUGAUAGAAGUAGACGUGGUCCACUCUGCUUUAGAGCAUCCCAAUUUUGAUUCAUUUGAACAUAUUUUAACGUGUUUUGUGAGGCAGCAACGACAACAAAAGUUUUGACUGAUUCAUGCUUAGAUCCGCUAAAAGAAAGUUCGUCUUGAUCCUCAAGUUAAUUUGUACUAUUGUUGUCGGAUGCAUGCGGAGCAAUUGAAUAGAAGUAUGAUGUAUACCUGAGCAACAAAACUCGUGUAGAAACACUAUCACAGAAUGAAUGUGACGAUAAAGUCGAGACAGGACGAGGACAACUUAAUGUAAAGCUACUGAAGUCAGUCACCAUUAGUAGUACUUCUCGUCUUGUACCACAUGGUGUUGCACACGCACAUUUUUGAAGAAGAUCAGCAAUCAGCAUACGUAAUCUCUCUUCUACAUGACCUUAAUCGAUCACUACAAUUUAGCAAUGAUGUUGGCAGAUGUUAUGUGGAUCAAUGUAUUUGAAAGCAUAAUCAGCUAAUAAUACUAGCUUCAAAUGCAGGUCUAAGUGCUCACUGAUUUUGCAAUUUUCAUUCCCCAUUCCGAAAA